AUGGCGGCUAAUCACAACCUUGGGAUGGACUUUGACAGCUAUGCCUACCAGGCUGGCGGACCACGUUGGCCUCAGAUGGUGUACAAUAUCUACAACUCGAAGGACCCGGCUGGUCCUAUAACUGUCGAACUUCCAACCGCUUGGGGGUCUAAAUCAAUCGACGCCCAGAAAGACUGUUACGAUCCGAAAUUCCUGUUCCAUGGCUCGGCUCCAAACUCGUAUGGCUGUGCCGCCAUCGCGACUUCAGCGUUACUUGUGCAGAAUCAUGAUUUCGUCGCCGACAAGACUGUCAAAGAAGCAAAUUCAAAAAUCAACUUUGGAUCUCUGGAUGAAUUCAAUGCCUCGCGGGUCAUCCAAGCAAUCGUCAGCUGCGUCGAAGCAUCCUGUACUGGCAACAACCCAUUGGGAGACUGUGACCCGGAGGUAGCGAAGCUCAAAGGGAGUCAAGCGGUACCCGGUAGUAUGGACGUGGUCUUGAGUGGUCUCACUUCCUUGUGCUCCUUCCUGACGAAAGAGCCAGAAGCUGAUAUCGCUGGCCCUGGGAUUGCUGUGUCGUACUACAUACAAGUUGCACUCUGCAUCUGGUUCUUUAUCUUCUGCGGCCUCCUUCCUCACCAACCAGACUCCUCAACCUUUUUCAGCAUGCUACGCGUCAUCAGGUGGUUCUUCAGGAAAUGCCGCCGACGUUCCGACGCAGAAAUUGACCGCCUUCGCUCGACCUUGACACAUCUACGCUCGACACGUUUUUCCGUUGCCCUGUGUUCUGCCAUGGUGGAGUUCCAGGAGACGCAGGCCUUCUUCGUCAUGGCGAUCGAGGCAGCGACCCUUACCAUGGUCAUCAUGAACAGCGAGUCUCUCGCCAUCCGAGUCGACGUCGGCGCCGCCAAGGCGUUCGCCACGGCCAACACGCUGCUGGUCCUCAUCACGCAGGCCAUCAUGCAGCGGAGGGGCAUGUACUGGUGGUACACAUUCAUACUGACAGUCAUUGUCUAUAUCCUAUGCGCCAUUAUCCAGAUGCUCAGCCUCCCGGCACCGUCCUCCUCCACCUCGGAUCACGAUCUGGAGCUCGUGGAGUGCGGCGGGCAGCGGAGCAUCCUACAAACGUGUAUGCAGUUCGGCAAUGGCGAUUACUACUUCGCCGACGGAUAUCUACAGUCGAGCGACAAAAGUACCUAUUUUGUUAUUUACACAGCAGUCAUGGUAUUCCUGACAGCGGAUCAUCUUGGAAAUACCCCUCGUCUACGCAAGGUGAAGGACUCGGCACGUCAGGCUCUCGAAAAGCGCAAGAUUCGGAUACCUGGAUGGGUUUCCACUGUUUGGUCCGUCUUGGGGAAGCUAUUAUGGGCUUUCCUGGUGUUGAUAAUGGCUACUUCUCUAUUCGCUAAUGUGGCCCAAGUCCGCGAUUUUGUUCGAUCAACAAUGGGCAAGAAAAAGCAGUGGACGUUUGGCCAGGUCGUUGCGGUGCUUGUGUGGGCGCCAGUACUAUCUAAGUAUAUUUACUACAACAUUUUCGGCAUUGAGCUCGGGGUUGGCAAGCGAAUAGACAAUCAGUACAAAGUCGUGCCCAACGAAGAAAAUCCACCAUCCACACCUACUGGAGCACAAGAACGGUUCGAUUCUCAAAGGAACUUGGUAGAUGAUAGCAGCUACAUCAGCUUGAGCACUAUUGGGGAUGGUCAUGAAGAUCAAAGACCCGCAAGGGUAGAGACAAGGUCGUUCUCAGGAGGUGUAAAGCGCAAACCGUUAUCACCGAGGACAGACACUGAAUUGCCUAGAUAA